AAAUGGCAUAGGGGUAUUGGCGUCAAUGAAACCGCGAAAGCAAAACCCUAGUCACCUUCCUCUCAUCCUCAUAUUUGCGAGUGUGUCAGUCACUGCCGCAGCAACACAAGGCGUGUCGAGUCUCUGUUCCAUUCAAAAUGGCUUCGGAGAAGAAACUAUCAAAUCCAAUGAGAGAAAUCAAGGUUCAGAAACUCGUCCUCAACAUCUCCGUCGGUGAGAGUGGCGAUCGUCUCACACGCGCUGCCAAGGUUCUGGAACAACUGAGUGGGCAAACCCCUGUAUUCUCGAAAGCUAGGUACACAGUGCGUUCGUUUGGAAUCAGAAGAAACGAAAAGAUCGCGUGCUAUGUGACGGUUAGAGGCGACAAGGCAAUGCAGCUUUUAGAGAGCGGUUUGAAGGUUAAGGAAUACGAACUCCUCAGAAGGAACUUUAGUGACACUGGCUGCUUCGGCUUCGGCAUUCAGGAACACAUUGAUUUGGGAAUCAAGUACGAUCCUUCAACUGGUAUUUAUGGAAUGGAUUUCUACGUUGUUCUGGAGCGCCCUGGUUAUCGUGUGGGCCGUCGUCGUCGGUGCAAGUCACGAGUAGGAAUCCAGCAUCGUGUCACGAAGGAGGAUGCCAUGAAGUGGUUCCAAGUUAAAUAUGAAGGGGUGAUCCUGAACAAGGCCCAGACUAUUGUUAGUUAAAUCAGGCUGUUCGUAAGUGCAAGUUUCAGGUUUUGCUGACUCUAGUUUGAUGUUUCUAUUCUUCAAAUUAUAGGUUCAAAUUGCUGCCAUGGUAUGGAUAUUUCUUUUACAGGUCAUGUGAGCUGUUUCUUGACAAUUUUUUUUUUUAAAUAACAUUAAAUUUUGACAUUGAUGUACCAUACUGAUGAUACUGGGUUGCGUGCUCUGCAUUUUUUUUUGGCAUUGAUCUAUUUACCACUAGCCAGAAAUUGAAUUACAAUAUAGUUCAGUUUUUG